CACCUGCGCUCGUAAAAUAAAACACCAUUCUUCACAAAACAAUCUUUAAAUUUAAUUUUUACAUCGCUUUGAGAAAUCCAAAAACAUCCACCAUAUUGGUUUUCGUCACCAUGCCCCACCCCCGACACGGCCAACUGACGCAAAUUAUGUUACCAUGGUAGCGCAGUGCUAGCGUCUCGUUGCUAAGCGCCAAACAGAAGACAAAACCCAACACCGGCAAAAGCUAUCCAUUCAUUUCGACAGAACUCUUGCGAGAAAGUUUUCCGUGCAAUUUUGAAACUAUACAAGAACUAAAAUAUGGCUACAACAACACAGAAUACGGAUCAAUUCCCGCCCCGGUACAGUAUGUCCGAUUGGCAUCAAUCGAAUGUUAUCGUCCGAACGACGGCCCAGAGGUUGCGAGAUUCGUCUCAUCGCAUCAGACAGGAAGGUCGUUGGCUGAGAAACGAGAGCGAUAAUCAUACAAGAUGGACACAACAUGAUAGCGACACUCGCAUGGAAGAACGGAUAGACGACGUUAGCACGUGGAAGAAAGCGCUUGAGAAAUGCCUCAGAGAUACGGACGAAGAAAUUCGAUCUCUCGAACGUGAGAAAGAGCGAUGCGAACGAGCUUUGGAAGCCAAGAAAGUGCCCUUGGAUAUCGCGCUGGAAUGCCUAAUGUUGCGAGAACAGAGACUCGGUAUUGAUCUGGUCCGCGAUCCCGUGGAAGCGAAUUUAGGCAAGGUAAGGAAUUCACAAUUUCGUUCUAACGAAUUUCGGAAUUUUUUUAAGAAAAUUCGAAUUCUUAAUUGGUGAUAGGAAUGUCAUAGCUUGGUAAGCGUGCGUAAUAAAGCUUAAUAAAAGAUUAAAGUCUGGAUAUCCCGUCGUGUUGAUAGGAGUAACAUAAACUUACGUAUUUUAUAAAUUUUACCCUUGCAAUGAAUUACAGGUAAUCACAAUAUUUUUGAGGCACCCCGGGAAGUUUUUUUUAUAAAUAUCAACAAACGUUUGUCAAAGGCAUAGUCACACUCAGGUGGUUUGGCAAGGGUCACCUGCAUUCACAUUUAUUUCUAAUGAAAGUGUUUAACUAUUUUACAUUUGUAAGCAAGUGAUAGGUGGUUAGAUAGGUCUAUUUGAACAGCUGUUUUUAGUGUUUUAUAGAGUAGACAUUGCUAUUACAGUCGUGUUAUUAAGAGCACAAAAAUACCGGAGUACAACUUACAUAAUGGUAAUAAUGGAUCCUCCUUGAAAAAUGUUUUGCUAUAGAAUUUUAAAUAAAAUGUAAAGUCAGAGUUUAUAUCAAAUUUUGUCACAGCAGGAUCAAAUUUAAGCCCUCAAAAACGUUUUGAAACUUCAAUUAAUCUUUUAACUAGAUUAUUAGGCGCGUGUCGAGCCAACCCUCUUCAGCAAUCAGCGAGACGCGCUUUUCGAAAUUUAGUUGCGUAAAACAUUCUGUUCCUUGAUCUUAGUAUUCAGCAAUUGAUCGCAUCUUAUUGUUAGGUUUUAGUUUGAAAAACAAGGACUAAAUAUUUGUAUAGUACCAAAACCGUUUGUUUAAUUUGUCACACGAUAAUUUGUAAAAACAGCUGUUUCCAAGGGAAUUGAAAUUUGACACCCAACUCCGAGGAAAGUCCGCGCUGGGCCCCCACUCGCUAGACUAUGUACAUAAAGUCCAUAAACAGUACAUCAGCCAUACGUGGACUUCGUUUGGUGACCGAGGCAGUGCGCAGCACAUGCUGAUGAACUCUGAAAGGAAGAUGUGCUUUGCGCAUUGAUUGACCUUAUUGUGUUUGGUGGCAAAUUCGUCAUCGGCGAACGUCAUCGGCAAAUUCGGCGAACUCUAAAAAGACAGAUAUCGAAGUGACUUAUAAAUUGUUCACUAUAUCUGUUGUCUUGUGUUUGGUGGCAAAGUACACUGAAUUUAGUCCGAAUUUCGGACUGUUAGCUAGCUGUAAGUACAGUGACGGGUCCGGGGUCCCACCAUGCAUAUACAAGGUGUAUCAAAAUAAACGCAAUUCAUCUUUUGUGCUUAAUAACUUUCGAAAUACUAUUUCUAGUUAAACGCUUUUAGGCUUAUUUCAAAGCCUGUUCUUUUCUCUUUCAAACAAACUAUUAUCCUUGUCUCCAAUGCUAGUAAUAAUUGCACAGGAAAAGAUUUAGUAAAACCUAUCAUUUUUAGUUGCUGUUUAAUUAUGCAAGUUUACUAUGUUAUUGUUUAGUCGGUUUAAAUGUUAGAAUUUUCUUCUUUAAACUUUAAUGUUGUCGUCACUACAUCUGGAAAACCACGUAAGAACAAAUUAAAAGUAUUUUAAAAGAGACCAGGUUGUUUGAAAAUCAUAAACGAAUGCUAAAAAUCGUCAAAACAUUCUGGUGUCUGAGCCAGAGUGUCAUCGAAUUGCGAUGUAAUGUAAACAGAAAUUAUAGCAAGUUGAUGUCAGUCAGCUUAGAUGGUCCAAGCCAAAAUUAUAUCGCAUUUGAAGUUUCAAACGGAGUUAAAAAUAGUGGAAGAAAAGCCGUAAUUAUACUUAUUGUUACAAUCCAUUUAAUAAAAUGCAAAAUUUUUUUUGUUUUAAUGAAAAAAUCAGUUAUUUUCAUGAGAACGAUUUAUUCCAUCUCAAUUUUUUUAAUCUCCAAUCGCAAUAACGUAAAGUAUUAUUACCCGCGAACCAAUGAGUCAAAUUUAAGAAACAACCCACUGUUAGAAAGCUGAAUGGCUACGCUUUAAAAUGAAUGUAAACUUUAACAUUUUCGUCUAUUAUUUGUUUAGCAAUUUACAUUUCAGUCGAGGAUUGCGCUUUUUUUGAUACACCCUGUAUAGCAUCAUAUAAUCUAAACUGAGUGAAAGUCAACCCCGCAAUAGGUUUUGCGGGACGCGGGAUAUAACGUUUGUUAGUGUAGCGGCAAAAAAGGAUGAAAAAUUUCACGAUUCAAAAUUUCAAAAAGUCUCAAAGACACGGGAUGAGAAAAAUUUAUGGAAAAGGCCCAAAAGGCACGGGAUAGUUAGAAAAUUUAAAGGAUUUAAAAACCAUAUUGAGUAUUGUGGACCUCUUGGUUUAACGAGCUAGGGCAAUAUUUUGAGCAAUUUUAAUUAAUUAAAAGGUUUAUUUGCUUUGCAUGUGUUUUAUAAUGUUUUGCUUGAAUGUAGAUAAACAAGCAAAUCCUGCGGUAAAACAAGGUAAAGAUGUUGCCUUGACGACAUUUAGAAACGCAAAUUUUUCAUCAGAUUAUAUUUGCAUUCAGGCAUUUUUUGAAAAAUAAACUCGAUAAUGAAUUGAGCAUUUAUAAAUUGCGUUGAUCAUCGGCGAAAAGUUGAAUACAUACCUAUAUUACAAAAUCUAACGGCGCUCUCGGAUCUUAACGGCAAUAGUAACUUGUUAUCGUUUCAUAUUUAAUUUCUGUAUUAAUAGUACUAGUACGUUGCAGCUACAAUAGGCAAUUCCAGCUUUUAGUUUAUGCGUGCAGGGGACGAUGGGAAGUAAGGUAUCACAUUGCUGAUUAUGCUGAAAAAAUAGAAAUGGUGGCCGUAUAAACACAGAGUGAUAGCUUAUUCUUGUAAAUAUUGAAAUAUUUCGGUUGUUUCGGUAGUUUUUAUUGAAAUUUUUCAGCAUAAUCAGCACUACGAUACCUUACUUCCCAUCAUCCCCUGCAGGCAUAAACUAAAAGCUGGAAUUGCCUAUUCCUAGCUGGAAAAAGUAACUAGUUUCUCAAACAGUAACAAUAGACAAUCGUUACAAAGUUGUUACUAUUAUAUUGAAUUUCUCACUCAUUGGUGAGCGAAUUUCCCAACAGGCUAUUAGUAUUACCCAAUGGACCAUUCCCCAAUUAACCAAAAUUUUGAACUCAACAAGUCUAGACAAAAUUUCAUCACAGCUUGAAAGAGCAUCACAAAAUUAGUAAUAUUCCAAAGUUUCGCGUUGCAAAAUGUUGUAAAAUGCGGAAAAUAUAGCCUUGCGAAGUUUGCAAUUUUCAGUCAUUUUAGAUUUAUACAAACGGGAAAUGGUUACCACUUCUGUGCGUAAUACAAGAUGACUGAAAAUUACAAACUUCGCAAGGCUAUAUUAUCCGCAUUUUACAACAUUUUGCAACGAAACUUUGGAAUGUUACUAAUUUUGUGAUGCUCUUUCGAGCUGUGAUGAAAUUUUUGUUUAGGCUAGUUAAGAUCAAAAUUUUGGAAAAGUGGUAACCGUUUCCCGUUUGUAAUCUAAAAUGACUGAAUAUUGCAAAUUUUGCAAUCUCCUCAAUUAUUUCGGGACCUUGAGUAGAGUCUCUCCCAGGUCUCUCAGCUUGAAAGGCAAGCGCGGUGACCACAAUACCACAAGAGGUGGUUGAACAUUCUGUACAGGUCUACAAAACCAUGUUUUCUUUUCCCCCAAUAGGAAGUUGAAGUAAUUGAAGGAUGCAAGGCAUUACUUCAACAGAAGAUCAACGAAGCUUCUGAACAAUUGUGGUAAGUAUUAAUGAUCUUCCGCGGAACUUAAUAGGGUUGGGUACCACGGUGUACCAUGGUUGCUUACAAAAACUUUGAAAGUAAACGAUAAGAACUUCCUCACGUAUUUGAUGAGUAUUUUGCACUAGUAAGUCAGAAACAUAAAUAUAACACCAGACUUGCUUCGAGAUCAUCAUACUCCCUUCCAAAAGCAAGAACCAGCUAUGGCAAAUUUAGUAUAAGAUUUGUUGGCAGUAAUGUGUGGAAUUCAAUUGACGAAAAUCUAAGGUAAAGGGUCUUUCUAAAUCUCAGUUUAAAAACAAACUUAAAAAUAAUCUAUUGAAUUCAUAUUAGCUUAUAGCAUCAAAAUCGUCCAUUUUGAAAUCUUUAUUGCACGUGCAUGUUUUAUUUAUUCAGUUCACCCACUAAAAUAUAUUUGUUACUAAUCAAAUUCGCUAACUGCCUUUUGGUUAUUACAGUUAGCUAGUACCUUCUUUUUGCAACUUUAUCCCAAUUUUAUAUUUAUGUAUGUAUUCAGUUAACGGCACUGGAUAAAUUGUCUUGUCUUGUAAGAUUAAGGGCGGGAUGUUAUGAUGUGCUUGACCAAAGAUCAUGAAGAAUUGCGUGUAGACCACGCAAAAUAAAGCGGAAGGGGAAAUGCGGAAAAGCACACGAAGUACGACUCUGAAGGGAGGGGCUGGGAUUAGACCAUCCCCGUCAGCCUGUCUCGUUAUCUAACUCUAACAUACCCCUGUAAUAUUACUUUUCCCAGCUUAUUGCAAGAAGCACGCCAACAGCUGUACCGUGAUCUCACAGACAAGAACAUCGCUUAUGAUAUUGAUGGCGAAUGCCUCAAACUAAACAACAUUUCUACAAACAUAUGUUUCCAUCCGGAUCCGACCCGAACCGUGAAGGGCAGCGUGACACCCGAGACCUGGGACCAAUUCUCCAACUACAACAAGUUGCGGGCCGAGGCAGAGAUGCAGGCAUCGCAGCGGCUGCGAGAGGCGAUCUUUGCCACAAUUCAGAAGACGGCAAAUGACCUCGAAGCUCAGAGGCAAGCAACCGAAUUCAGUUACAGGAAAAGAAUUCAUGAAACUGAGCAGACAAGGAACGAAUUGGAAUGGCAACAGAGAAAUGUAAGUCUUGUUUUGAUGAUCCACCAUCAGUCGGCCAGUCCAGGUAGUCGGUCAGCCAAUCAGUAGGACGGUUAGUCUUUGGAGGCCAACAAAAAUUCUUGGAACUAUGGAAAUCUGUGCAAAAUUUUUCAAGUUGUAAAAAACUGCUGAAAAAUCUGCACAAAUAAUGCCUUUGUGAACCAAGAUUUCUGAUCUUCCUAUUCAAAUGAGAAAAUAGCGCGUGUACCUUAAAUUACGUCACACUAAACCCGUGGUUUAUUAUCUUACAUUCUUGAUUCUUUUUUAGACCAAGCACGAGAUGGAAACACUUGAAAGUGAUAUACGUCACAUCAAGCAGGCCAUUGAAGCAAAGAAAGCACCAAUGAUGGUGAGUAUGCUGUGAAGUGCCGAACUCCGUUCCCAAGGUCAAGAACGGGCUGUAAAAAUUUGGCCGUUGACCGCGUAUUAUUAACAGGGUAUCUUUAUAACGAAAAGUAUGUGUCUUAGUUUUUGCGGGGACAAAAAAUAAAUGGCUGUAAGAUACAGGUGGUGGGUGGUCGGUUGCACUGUGUAUUAGACUAGAGCCCAAUUGGAGUGUUAUUGUAUACGAGUGAGUUUCGCUGUACACUAUAGUGAUGGUCAAGGGAGAGUUCUCAGAGAGAAUUAGAGAGAGGGUAACAAACUACUCUUACCCAGGACCACCUAAAGCUAAUUCUACCCAGAAAGAGAACAUGGUACUACUUUUCUGUUACAUGCAUAUGUAUAUCUGUAGUAUUUGAAAGAAAUCAACGCUGAUAGUAGUUUAAUUUUCGUUUUCCUACGAGUGUGACCAAUUCUGAAGUUUACCACUGCCGAUAAACAAAAUCACAUGGCUCAUUUUAAUUAACUAACUUCUGAUUUCUCUCAAAGGUUGCUCAAACAAGGCUGGAGAAUCGCACAUACCGUCCUAAUGUGGAGUUAUGUCGUGACACCGCACAGUACCAGUUAUGUCAUGAAGUACGCGAGAUUGAAGGCACAGUUAAAGCUCUGGUCGAGAAACUACAAGAGGCACAAAAUGCUCACAAUUCUCUGACUGACAACCUCAGGAACAUCGAGGAAGAUCUAUCCGUCAAGGUAAUUAUGAAUUCAGAUUACAAAGCUUCGAGUCUCUAAGAUGUAACCAGUAAUAUAUACAAUUCAGUGGGAUGGCCGAUGGUAGUAUAAUCAUCAUAGCUCGUCGUUCUCAUAUUUAUCAUAUUUGCAAGGUAUCUUUUAGAUAUCUAUUUUCUGUAAUGGUCCGCCAAUCUCCAUGGUUGGGGGAGGGAGGGGUGGGGGGAGGUUCUGUCAGAAGUUUAGUUGCUCUUGGGAGUGAAUAGCUCAGAAAUUUGGAGAGGCUUUGGUCAAAUUUAAAGUGCGGAUAAAAAAGUUUAAGAUAAGGAAGCUUUGAAGAAGGUUGACACUUCACACACCGUAUUCUGUUCAAAGAAAGUUGAAUAGGACAAGGCUUGUUGAAGCAAAACAAUGUCACUGACAACAAUUUGUAUCUGUUUAGUAUCAAAUUCACACGAAGUUAGGAUGGCCGAUAUCUAAAAACAUGUUUCUCUGGACCUGUGUGGGAUUUUCAUUUGUAUAAUAGGCAAAGUGUGUUAAACAUUUUUUUCACAAUACUAAACUAAAUUUCCCCAUUGCAGGUGAACUCGCUGGCCUUGGACAACCGUUGCAUGACCUCAAGACAGAAAUUGAAGGAGACACCACAAGACAUGACCCGUACUGAACUAUUUAAUCUAACCACGACCAACGAAGCUCACUUAAACUUCAAGAACCCGUCACCCAUGACAACCAUGAUAGACCCCGCUAGCCUCGAGCGCGCGGUCACCGGUCCCAUGACUGCGUCACGGAUGACUCCAGUCAGCGCGCUUCCCCAAAGCGCUAUGAAGAGCGCGCGUACUCCAUUGCUGACAAACUAAAAACUCUCCCCAGUAUUUGGGAACUCUUAUAUGAUAAGCUAAGAGACCCCUGAUUUUGUCAACCUUAGUAUAUCGGUGUGUGGUUAGUAAAACCAGAACAGCGUGACACAACAAUAUACCAAUCAUUAACACUGAGAUAUAUACCUGAUCACAAAAAGAUGCAUAGAUUAUGCUGACUUAGAAAUAAUGUAUAUGGCAAAAGAGAAUGUUGUGAAUUGUUCACAUUUUGAUAUGAAGUGUAAAUUUUUUAUUACAAAAGGAAAUACGAUUGUAUGAUAGAAAAUAAAAUGUUCCUCGCUUUGCAUACGUCUGUUUAUUUCGUGUAGGGAAAGGGUCGUCUGGGGUGGCCAGGCAGCCAAGAUCCUUUACUCGGUUGGCUUUGGCUAAUUUUGGGCUAGCAUUUGGCACGUAUGACGUCAUGCACGUGACGCAGACUAAAGCCUGUUUUCCAUUUCAACCGUAUCGUGGUAAUCGUUCCACGUUUCGCGCACCAAUAUAGUGAACGUUAUCUAAUGGAUUAAUUAUUAUAGUGUACUGAAAAGUUAACUGGAUACCACCAUACACAUAUAUAC